GGGGGGGGGGGCGAAACCGCCGCCCGCCUCCGUCGUCACCACCGAUUGAUCGGUGAGGCCGAUGCGCCGCCGUCCCCCGCUUGGCCGGCAGCGUAUUCCGCCGCGUUAAUCUCCGCCCUCGCCGAGGCCCGAGCCGGGGACCGCUUCGGUUUGGCCGGCCGGUAGACGCGGGGGGAGGGGUCCUUGUCUCCUUGAGGCUGCAUUGCAGCACGGGCUUGCAUCUAGCGGCGCGGUUUUAGGGGUUCGAUUCGUCUGUGAAAUUGUGCGGUUGUUUCUUGGAUUCGAGGACGAGACUGCAGGGCCGACCCUGCCUGCGCCGUGGCUGUGGUUCUCUGGGCUGUAUGAUAGGUGCGUUGGCGAUAGCUCGAUUGGCCAGGGAUUUCAAGGGGCUUCUCUCGGCCUAGCCUGGAAUUGAUGGAACAGAAGAAAGCAAGGACAGCGGAGGAGCCUGCCAGGUUGAUGUGUGAUGAUGCGCUAACGGAGGUCUUCCGCAGGCUGCCUGCCCGUGCGCUCGCCGCUUGCAGGCUGGUGUGCAAGUCCUGGAUGUUGGUGCUCACGGAUCCACACUUCAUCCACGAGCACCUUAGCCGCGGCCAGCAGAAGCUGCUGCUCUUUGCGAACGACCGGGUGAGCGAUAGGUUGCUCGCCAUGGUGCUUGCGGAUGAUAACAAGUCCAUGUACCAGUUGUCGAGGCCUGCGGCGUCUCGGAGCGUGUUUGUUCACAACUCAUGCAAUGGGCUGCUGUGCCUGGGUGACAGUACAGGAGCCGUGGAGGUGCUGAACCCGACGACCGGUGAAUCUCUAAUGUUGCCAACGCCAAUGCACACAGCAGGGAGCAGCCAAUUCUCAUCCUGCAAUUGGCACUGCUUGGGGUUUUGUCCGAAGACGAGGGAGCACAAGGUUGUGCAUUUCUAUCCUGGAACACAUAUUGAUUCGUUCAAGGUGCGCUGUGAGAUAUACACACUUGGAGCUGGUGUCUGGAGACAAGUUGGGAGCUUCCGUGGUGCUCCGAUAGAUAGAGGGGUGCAUGUGAAUGGAGCAGUGUACUAUCUGACAAAGUUCCGCUACAUUGCUUCAUCGCGUAUCAAUUGCUUGAAUCUUGAGAGCGAAAAAUUUGAUGCAAUGAUGCUUCCUCCACGCAAGUCUCAUGGAGGGCAUUGUUCUUUGACGGAGCUUGAAGGAAGGCUAUGCUUGUUAGUUGUGGAUGGUGUACUUGAAGGUCCGCCUCGUACGAUGGACAUAUUGAUGCUCAAUAGUGAUGAUAAGCAGAGCUGGACUCCCAGAUACCACUUCUCUUUGCCUUGGUUGAUGCCUUCCUGUUAUUUUACUCCGAAACACACACUCUUCCAUGACGGGAAAAUUUGGGUGCAAUUGUUGGCUACAAAUCUCUAUUGUUUUGAUCCAAGGUCAAAUUCUGAAGAAUUGACAAUAGCGUGGCCAGAGCUUGACUUUCCGUUUAGCACACAUACCUACAUUGAGAGCAUAGUUCCUUUGCGUAAAGACUACAUCAAGCACAUACAGUGAUAGUGGUGUUCUGCCCCUUGUUUUCCAAGGUGGUUUUCAGUUUACAGCAUUACAGUGUCUUAGUUGUUUAUUUUUUUUCUUCUUUUAUGAACCAAGCUGUUAGUCAGCUUAAGGUGAUGUGCUACUCUGGAUUCUAUUUAGUGAUGAUAGAUGCAAUCUCUAAACAUUUCUGAGCACUCGUGCUCUUCUGGCUUCUAAUCGAUCUGUUCAUUCCUCUUUGUGCUGAGAAGUGGAUAAGAGAGAAGAGCCCUCCAUCAGCUCAUAUUUUACUCAGUAUGAUGAUGAAGAUCAGAAUUGUUUAGGCAUUUAUACCUUGGUUUGCCUAUAUCUGGGCCUCUGUAUGGAACUUCUAAUUGUAGAGCUACCUGUGCUGUGGA